AUGGCAGGCGGCCUCGCAACCACGGCCGAUGUCUCCCGCAUCGAGGCUCCAGUCACCUGGAAGGCCUACCUGAUCUGCGCCUUUGCGUCCUUCGGUGGCAUCUUCUUCGGUUACGACUCUGGCUACAUCAACGGUGUCACUGCUUCUAAGAUUUUCAUCGAAAUCAUCGAAGGCCCCGGUGAGGAGAAGCUCCGAGGCUCCUACAACUCUCUCAUCACUUCCAUCCUGUCUGCUGGUACUUUCUUCGGUGCUCUCAUUGCUGGCGACACCGCCGAGAUCAUUGGCCGCAAGUGGACCAUCAUCACCGGCUGCAUCAUCUACACCAUCGGCGUCAUCCUCCAGACCGCUUCCCAUGGUCUUGGUCUCAUUGUUGCCGGCCGUCUCAUUGCCGGUAUCGGCGUCGGCUUCGAGUCUGCCAUUGUCAUUCUGUACAUGUCUGAGAUUUGUCCCAAGAAAGUCCGUGGCGCCCUCGUUGCGGGAUACCAAUUUUGCAUUACCCUGGGUCUUCUGAUUGCCUCUUGUGUCAACUAUGGCGUCAAAGACCGCAAUGAUACCGGUCAAUAUCGCAUUCCGAUUGGACUCCAGUUCAUCUUUGGCUUGGUUUUGGGUAUCGGUCUUCUGUUCCUGCCCGACUCUCCUCGCUACUUCGUCAAGCGCGGCAACGUCGAACAAGCUCGCCUCUCUCUAUCCAAACUGCGUGGACAAGACCCCAACUCCGAGUACAUCGAAGUUGAGCUGGCUGAGAUUGUUGCCAACGAGGAAUACGAGCGGUCCAUCACCCCCGCCACGGGCUGGUUGGGCAGCUGGAUGAACUGCUUCAAGGGCAGCCUCUGGGAGCAAAAGUCCAACCUCCGCCGCACCAUCCUGGGCACCUCUCUGCAGAUGAUGCAGCAGUGGACCGGUGUCAACUUCAUUUUCUACUACUCGACGCCCUUCCUCAAGUCGACGGGAGCCAUUAGCAACGAGUUCUUGAUCUCCAUCAUCUUCACCCUGGUCAACGUCUGCUCGACGCCCAUCUCGUUCUGGACCGUCGAGAGGUUUGGCCGUCGCCCGCUGCUGGUGUGGGGUGCCUUGGGUAUGCUUAUCUGCCAGUUCAUCGUCGGCAUCGUUGGUGUUACCGUCGGAUUCAACAAGACGCACCUCGACGCCGCUGGUGAGCAUGUCGCCAACAACAUCUCGGCCGUGAACGCCCAGAUCGCCUUCAUCGCCAUCUUCAUCUUCUUCUUCGCCUCGACCUGGGGCCCCGGCGCGUGGAUCGUGAUUGGCGAGAUCUUCCCGCUGCCCAUCCGCUCGCGCGGUGUCGCCCUGUCCACUGCCUCAAACUGGCUUUGGAAUACAAUCAUCGCCGUCAUCACGCCGUACAUGGUCAACGAAGACGAGGGCUACCUUCGCUCGUCCGUCUUCUUCAUCUGGGGCGGCCUCUGCACCUGCGCUUUUGUGUACUCGUACUUCCUGGUCCCGGAAACAAAGGGCCUGUCGCUCGAGCAGGUGGACAAGAUGAUGGAGGAGACGACACCGCGCAACUCGGCCAAAUGGCGUCCGCACGGCACGUUUGCGGCCGAGGUUGGCCUAGCGCCCGGCGAGAAGAUCGUUACGGAGGUCGUGCAGGACAUUGAGCACAAGGGCAGCGCGUUUUAGUGUGGGCUGUGGGUUCGGAUGCAGGGUUUGGGUGUCGGAUGGUUUGCCUAUGGGCUUCUUUAUGGUUUAUGCUGCAUGCUUCUCGUCGACAUGAUACCUAGAC